GUUCCAAACCAUGGAUCCCGUAAACUGCUCCUUGGGGGAGCCGUCUGAUGAUCCGGACGCUGGGACCAGUGGAAGUAAAAUCGUCCUCUGCCUGAUGCUCUCCAUCCUAGCUGUUGCCACAACUAUUAUCAAUUCUCUGGUGAUCACAGCCAUUCUGGUCACCCGUAAGCUCCACCAGCCAGCUAACUAUUUGAUUUGCUCGUUAGCCGUCACUGAUCUCCUGGUCGCCGCACUGGUAAUGCCAAUCAGCAUCGUAUACAUAGCGGAAGAGACGUGGGUGCUUGGGCCUGCAAUGUGCCACCUGUGGCUGGGCGUGGACGUUACCUGUUGCACCUGCUCCAUCUUGCACCUGGCCGCCAUCGCUCACGACCGCUACCGCGCCAUCACGGACGCUGUUGCAUACUCGCAAAAACGCACAUCUCAGAGAGCAGCGGUGACCAUAGUAGUGGUCUGGGUGCUGUCGGUACUUGUCUCGCUGCCCCCUCUCAUAUGGAGGAAGAUGCCCGAAGAAAGCGAGGAACAAGAAGGAGUCAUGGAGUGCAUGAUGGAACACGACCACGUCGCCUUUACCGUCUACUCAACCUUCGGCGCCUUUUACAUCCCACUCAUCCUCAUCCUCGUGCUCUAUUAUAAGAUCUACCGGGCGGCACAGACACUGCGCAACCGGAGAGGCAGCAGCCGCCUGGUGAAGCAGUCGGUCAACAGCGUCGUCAUGAGCUCAGACAGGGAUGCUCCGGCUCCAGUUAGUCCGGACACGCUCAGCCCCACCGAAAAGUCCUUUUCAGAACCGUCCACAGAUGGCGAGCGUGUCAAGAUAACUCCCACAACGAACCGGGUGUUCAAGAGCCGAAGGAAUCCGGGGGCCAGAGAAAGACGUGCAGCUCUCACUCUUGGCCUAAUCCUCGGAGCGUUUGUGAUCUGCUGGCUACCUUUCUUUCUCAAGGAGGUCAUCGUGAACACAUGCCUUUCCUGCAGUACGUCGGCUCUGCUUGCGGACUUCCUCACCUGGCUGGGCUAUCUCAAUUCCCUCAUCAACCCGCUAAUAUACACAAUCUUCAAUGAGGACUUUAAAAAAGCCUUUCAGAAACUCGUACCUUUGUGUCGUAACCAGUACAGGUGAACUCUAUGUCAAAGGAUA